UUUGCAGCUUUAUGCUAAAAACUAAAACUUUUUUGGACGCAAACGCGAACGGUACGCGAAGCGCAUGCGCGGACGAAAGAUCAUGCCAUCAAAGCCCGACAACGGUAUUCGUGGGCCGCGACUGAAACGUGUCUGAAAUUCGCGAAAGAACUGUCCCCAAAAGAGUUCUCCCCACCCAGUGACAAGUGCAGAAAACCAAUCAAACACACAAAUAAACCCCCCAUACCCAAUAAGCAUGCGGGAACGCAGUCAGACAGCACCCAGACGCCGUCGAGCGGGUCCCAAGCAGGCGCUUCCCGGCAGCCACGAGGGAGUUGGUGCCCUUGAGUCUCCCUACUACACCAUCGACAACACGGAGGACAUCUACGGAACCACGCUGCUGCCCUCGCAACGCUGCUACGUGGAUCCCUGGGACCUGGAGAACUACGACUAUGUGCGCAAGAAGAUCGAUGAUGGUACCGGCCAGGAGGUGGAUGAAAUCCACUAUGGAGAUUCCCAGACCCCAAGUCCCAGCUACGGAAUGGGAAUGGGAAUGGCUGCUACCAUGCCACGCCCCCACACACAGACGCGUCGCGUGUCACGCUCCCAAUGCCAGCUCGAGUGCUGUGUGCCCCAAAGAAGCCGGCGGAGGAGCAGGAGCAGCCGCAAGGAGCCCCUCUAUACAGCCAGGAGUGACAUAUACGGAGCUCCCAGUCGCUACGACGACUACAUGGCCACGAUGACCAGGCAGCUGCAUCUUGACAACGAUGAGCAUGAUGCCGCAGAGGAGGAGGAGGAGGAGGAGCUGCGGGCGGAGCUCUACGCAGAGCAGCGACAGCUCUACAACGGCUACGGAGGCUUCUCCAGUGCCAGCUCCACCGAGCACCCCUCCUCCAUUGGUGACGAGCUGCCCAUGCCCCAACGGCGAGCAGUCACCCUGCAGCGCCGCCCCGCCACCAGUCAGGUCCCCAACAGCAAUAUUUAUGGAACGGCACCGCACCCGAGACGCAAGCGCAGCGGCAAGCCUGCCCCACCGCUGACCGCACCACCGCAAAUCGACUUUCCCGCCCCGCCCCCCCUUUCGCCCGCCUACGACUACUGCAAUCCCUAUGCUACACUGCCGUACUGCAGCAUUCCGGAUUGCAGUGAGUGCCAGCAGCACGCCACGUCCCUCCUCUACGCGGCACCCUCCACCCUCUACGGAACUCUGGGUGGUGCAGGGGGCUCGGGGCUGGGCUCGGGGCUGGGCUCGGGGGCAGGUCGCGCACGGACUCAGUGCGAGUCCCCGCACUCCUCCGGAGGCGACUCCUCGCUCUACUCGGGAAUUUACGCGCGUAAAUUCGGCCUGAGCAAGAAGGGUCUGCUCCAGAUCGACUACUCCUGCAGCUGGAACGACUUGGAUCGGGUCAUGCAGCGCCAGUUUUAGGCACUCUCCCUGGGUGCUCGAGUGUUUGGGUGCUUGGGUUCGGAAUAGCAUUAGAGCGGAACAACAUUAUGUCCUUAAGUCAUCAUCUUAUAAACAAAUACACAUACGCAAUACCAAAUAACUGAACAUAUUCGUCGUAGCAAGUAGUGUUUCAACAUUGAAAUUGAUUGAAUAAACUUUUGAAAAAGGUUA